AUGUCGCCGCCGUCCAAUGUGACCAAAAUCUUGCUGAAUUUAAACUUCGAGGUGCGCUGGAUGACACCGAGCGAUGCAAACAACGAUACAAUGUACACGGUGAAAUACAGCCCCGAUAACAGGAAAUGGUACAUCAUCCCUGAAUGCGCUGCCAUCCAACGCACCGAGUGCGCCAACAUGACACAAUCAUUCCUUGACCUAUUCAACCAAAAGCGGGUAGAAGACGCCCUACGGACGGGCUUCCAAAUCCGCGUCUACCGCCACGACGGACCGCUCCAGUCCGCCUCCCCGUCAACAUCCAUACCUUUUACACCGUACAUGGAAGCUACAAUAAGCGCCCCCAGCAUUUUGAAACUCGACGCAACAAGUGACUCGCAGCGAGUUGGCCUAGUCGCCCCACAGACACCCUUCCCGGAUGGGGCGACUGGGAAGCAUAUCCGCAUGGAUGACACCAGCCUUCCUGGUGUGUCUAAGAUCUACUAUAACUACACACUAUGGCGUACACCAAAUGGCGCAACGGACACAACACUCUGGACUAUGGAGGGGCGAAGCGACGAUUUUCCCGCCAAGCAUGGUAUGCACGACUACACCAGCUUGCAACUGUCCAAUCUCGCGCCCAACACCGAGUAUGUAUUGACCGUUCAGGCGAGGAUAGGACUGGGAGGUUACAGCGCUGACACUGCCACGUUAGUGUGGAAGACACGAGAAGCGGCUCCGUCCGAGGGACCGACCUUGUAUUCUCUGGAGUUCGUGGAAAUUGACUGCAAUGACCCUGACUCUCGUGAUAUCCGAGUCAAGUGGAAGCCGCCUCCACGAAAACAGUGGAAUGGAGACAGUCUUUACUACGAAGUUCGAUUCAGCCGAAUGGAACCCGGAGGAGAACACGUGACCCUAAACGUGACGUCAUCUACAUCAACGACUAUUUACGACCUCAGUCGGUGGGAUAGGUACGACGUCGUGGUAUUCGCCAACACGUCCGCAGGAGGAACAGCCAGUUUGCCGAAAUCUGUUUCGGCAACAGUCGUUGGAAUGGCUAACUCCAAACCUGAAGCAAUAGAAGUUCUAACAGAUCCCUCCGACCCCACACAAGUCAUCGCUUGGGAACCGCCUACAGGAUACCAGCAGUGUAUCCUUGGUUACCGUAUGACGUUGCAGCCAGAGGCAGGGGGCGGGGAGAAGGGCGACCUCAAGAUGGAGGAAACAGUCCUAAAUGGUACAGAGUGGGAGAUCGGCGGUCUGGAGCCGAACACGUACACAGUAGAAGUGGCGGCGAUUGUGAAGACGGGGUUCGAAUCUACCUCACUGGGCGUAGCACGAAACAUCCGUCUGAUCGUUGGGCCGGUGAGGAACGUGGAUGCCAUCAUUACGGCUGUGAUUGUCGUCUGUGUCCUCAUCGUGUGCCUCCUGACGUUCAGGGUCAUCUACCGCAAGAUCAAAAAAUCAUGCAAAGAUGAGAGGUUUAGGAGCCUUAAAGACAACAAAAUCUUGAAACGAGCCACAUCAGAGACGUAUUCCUCACUCCGUCGUCACGUGCCGGAGAAGGAAACAUACGAUCUGCUGAACCAACGGGAACCCCUGGAACGCCAGACGUCAUCACUGUCACGUGGCUCAGGAGAAAGCAACCGAACAACAGGCUCGAGUGGGUACUCCACGGAUACCAAGUCUAGUGCCGUGGAUGACAUCUCCCUGAGUGAUAACGAUGAAGGCAAGGCGCCAGCCGAUGACGUAGUCUCCCCCUCGUGGCUGAGGCAGUCCUCGUCCUCCUCCUUCUCCUCCUCAGAUGACGGAGUCAAGGACAGCGUUUUUGUAGGACUGCUCGAAGUUGCGUCUGAUGAGGUGACUAAUCAAAGGGACUCUGGCGUGCCCAGUCAGUCAUCUUCGCGAGCACCGACUGGUCUACGAAUCACACUCCCAGGCAAAGACUCGGCCGCAGUGGCCUCGGGAUACACACCCGUCACUUCCUGCUGCCCCUCCAGACAGACAUCGGUGAAUGAAGACCCUUCAGCCUGCAGGAAAACCUCAAGGGUUUCCUGCGACUCCGCCCCAACCUCGCCCUACCUUGAGAACUACCCUAUAGGGCGUAGUUUGGACUACACGGUGCUGGCCAGCACGACGCUCGGCCCCUCCCAGCCACACCCACUGGCCAUUGUGAAAAGCAACUCUAGCGAGAACCAGGGACGUGCGAACCAGGGACGUGCGACAUCAGACGCAUCAGACUCCAAUAACGAGAGAGCCACCGUUGCGGUGAAAAAUGACCUCUCCUUCCAGGAUUCGGAGAUUGAAAACUAUUCGAAAUCUCUAUUAGUGCAGAAGAACAGUCCCAAUAUACUGGAUGUUUGAGCUUUCUUAAUCGGGUUGAAAGUGACACAAACCCAGUAAAAUAUAGAUAUGAAUUUCACUGAACAGUCUUUCUAAGAUCUCAGAAUAAUGGGCAGUAUUUUCUUUCAGUGUAUAUGUACCUGACCCGAUCUGCUACAAGAACAGAAGAUACAACUUGUUUGUUUUAGCAAAGUCGUAACAAUUCUUUGUUUUGUAUCCUAUAUGCCCUGAGUGCAUUUUGUGUAUAUAGACCCUAUUGCAGAUUUUUUUGAUAUCGUCGUAAGCGUUUUAAGUCAAAAGUUACAACUUUUUGAUAAUGUACGGAAACGAAACCUAUGGCAUUAUAUACGUAAGAUAACAUUGAGAAUAUUUAAUGUUUGUUCUUUUAUGAAAAAAAAAAGAGAUUUUAGUCCAGACGAGAUACAACAUAAUCGAAUGUAAGAAUUAUUUCGUUAGAGUCGCAGGUGUAUAGCCCUGUCAUAAUUGGUACCAUCUUGUCAGUAUGGCAAUUUUUUGGUCUUAAGUGUCUCCAAUUUAGGGACGUUAUAGGCCUAUUUGUAUUGUACUUAUUUUGCAUUGUAACCUGGUGUACGUGGGUGAAACUCACACAGUAGCAGAAAUUCCAGUCAGACUAUCCAAAUUGCUAUAAGCUUGUCGAUUACUGUGCGAAGGUACAGUGAACCCGACAUUGGCUGCUUCAACUGAAAAAAGAUUGUUGUUAAUGAGUUUUUCACGUGGUAUCACAGGUUGCUAUGAGAUACACGUAUCGUGUUUCUGACGUAUAAUGAUCUGAUAAUAAAAUGGGAAUGAGAAAUAGAUUAAUUUUGGGUCGGUGCAAAUGCAAUGAGAGUAUAGGUGUGAACUAAUGAGCUAGCAGGACUGGUACGGCUAUAAUUAUGGGGAACGGUCCCUUUGGGGAACAUUCCCAUAAGGCUGUGCACCGUAAAUAUUUUCACCGUAAAUACUUUAAUGACCCCUAACCCCAAUUUCCCUCAUCCUACCCCCACGACUUCUGGUACAUCUACGUUUUGGACCAUGAAUAACCGAUCUAUCAUAUUUGCGACAGCAAAAGUUUGCCUCUAAAAUGAGUUGUGACAUUAGGUGGACAUUUUCGGUGUCUCCCUUAGGUAUAACGUAUGACGACAAAUAUCUCCUUAAGGCUACAUUUAACAGGAAUUCCGCUUACGAUGUCGCCAGAUGUUCAUGAAAUUAAUUUGAAGGCCGGUCAUUAUUACCCAAUUAGCGGGAAAUGAAAAGGGCGGCAAAUUCCGCGUUCUGUGCUGUAUCGUAUGGCAAUUAAUUCACUGUACCAUGACUUCGUGUUAUGUAGAAUGAAUUGGUGUGUGCUAAAUAUAACCCUUGCACAGGACCGAUACACUUUAAGAGUUCAUGUUGUACAUUAAUAGAGGUUAAAGUCCUUAUGUACUCCUUUAGCCAACACGAUCCAAUGUACAAAGGCCACUUCAGAUAUUUUUUUUUGUGCCACGCACUUCCCACAUGCUGUACUCGGCGUUGGAAAGAAUGAUUGGACUUUUAUAUUGAGUGGUAUACAAAAUAACAAUAUUCCCAUUUUCGAUUCUGACUGUUUUUCCAUUUAUAUCUUCUACGGCAUGCAUGCAAUCCUAUUCUAUAUAUAUUGUAUAUCCUUGUACAUGAUAAUUAAAAACAUGCGUGAUAUGAUGUCUAUUUUUGCGGGUAAUAUAAUCAUUAUUGUGCAACGGCGGGCAAUAGUGGUAUUGACACCGUAUUAUGUGGCAAAGACAGGUACUGUGUACUUUUUAUAGGAUAUUUUCUUUAUGGGCAUAUUGUUAAGAUUUUGAGUGAUGUUGUGAGGUAAAGUAGAUCGGUUUGUUUCUCUGUCUUGACGAAACAUCAUAAUUUGAAAUGAGAGGGAGUUUCAACAGUUUAUAAAUAAAUGCUAUAUAUGGAAAGA